AUGGUGAACUUGUAUCAGUCGUUUUUUCAGCAGAACACCUCUAAAACUCCGGAUCCCGAAGACGACAACAUCUGGAAGCCUCCAGCAGCAAGUAAGGGAAGCCUGCGCGGGCGGUCCAUUUCAAUGAGCCGUUUAUUGUUCAAGGAUAGCGAUACACCGGCUUCAACCCCACCUCCGGUGGAGAUCAUUGACUCAUUAGGAGAGGAUAAACAUCCUGGCAGCCUAUCGAGGUUCCGCUCGUUAUUCAAGAUCCCGGGCUUGCCUGGAGACACCAAAAGCGAAGAGAAGGAUACUAAGGACACUUCAGAUGCGAGAGCCGAUACUAGUGACUCCAAAACGGACCUGUCUGACAAAAAAUCCUCCACUCCAACACCUAGAACCACAUCUUCCACGACAGAGGUGCCCAAGACUCCAUUGAAGCAGGAGGCCACUCCAAAUAUGCUUCGAGUAUUUUCAUUGGGUCGGAAGCGGCUGGUUUCCACCCCUCCCAAGCAGUUCAAGGUCGCCCAAAAGCAGGAAAAUGAAGACGUCCUGGAUACCAGCCCAGUAGUCCAACUGAGCCUCUAUUUCGCCCACCAGGGUCUUCCUCCACACUUAGAAGGAGACACUGUGCUGGGAAACUUUGGGACAAAGAGCCAUCUUUCCGUGUCGCUCCGUCAUAAUGACUCAAUGGUGUCUUUUGCCAAUAACAGAAGCCCAAGGAGAAGUAGAGAGGGAAGGACCGUGGAGCAGCAACUUAUCGAUGAGGAGGACAUUGUGCAUCAGAGCGCUUACAGUGGAGGAUCCAACUCAUAUAGUGGGGCCGAUAGUCCUGUCCCAGGAGGAUCGUACUUACACAGUCCUGCUCCGGAAUCGAAACUCAGAGGAAAUAAGUCGUUCACCGGUUUAUUAGGUGAGAGCAGCCGUAUUGACACAGAGAAUAGAGCCAAUGAUCCCAGCUUUUUAUCUCAAGCCAGUGGUCUUCGAAAGACUCUUCGCCGAGUAGCCUCUGCUCCACUAGUCCAUAGGAUGCUCAGUGAGAAAACACCUCCACUGGAGCCAGCCAAGGAGUUUGACGUCAACGAACACAUUGGUGAGCUCAAAAUUACCAAGGCUAGAAGCAGAACAUAUACACUGGGUAGAAUGUACUCGCAUCUGGCCACUAAAAUCAUGGAUAUCCAAGUUGAUCCAAGUUGCUUUGUUAAGAUCCGUCUCCUUGGAAAAGGUGACGUGGGCAAGGUUUUUUUGGUCAAGGAAAAGGCGCUGUCUCGGCUCUAUGCUAUGAAAGUGCUCAAUAAAAAGGAAAUGAUCGAGAGAAAUAAGAUCAAAAGAGCUUUGGCUGAGCAGGAGAUAUUGGCUACUAGCAAUCACCCGUUUAUUGUGACCUUGUACCAUUCUUUCCAGCUGGAGGAUUCACUUUAUCUUUGUAUGGAAUAUUGUAUGGGAGGAGAAUUCUUCAGAGCGUUGCAAACGAGAGAAACAAAGACAAUCGGCGAAGAGGAUGCAAAGUUCUACGCCGCUGAAGUCACGGCUGCAUUGGAAUACUUACAUUUGAUGGGAUUCAUCUACAGAGACUUGAAGCCAGAGAAUAUCUUGCUUCACCAGCUGGGACACAUUAUGCUCAGUGACUUCGAUUUAUCUAAGCAAACUGCCAGUGCCAAAAAUCCAGAGAUUCAGUUUAGCAAAAACCACCACUCAGCCAAUCCAACCAUCGACACAAAGGCAUGUAUCGACGGAUUCCGUACAAACUCAUUUGUCGGAACCGAGGAAUACAUUGCCCCGGAGGUGAUCAGAGGCAAGGGCCAUACAAGUGCAGUUGACUGGUGGACACUUGGAAUUUUUAUCUAUGAGAUGCUCUAUGGAACAACCCCUUUCAAAGGGAGAGACCGCAAGGCUACGUUCAGCAAUGUGUUGAAGCGUGACGUGCGGUUUUUAGACACACAGCUGGUAUCAUCCAACUGCCGGUCGCUCAUCAAGAAAUUGUUGAUCAAGGAUGAGACAAAGCGUUUGGGGUCCAAGAUGGGAGCCUCGGACAUCAAAUCGCAUGCAUUUUUCAAAAACACACAGUGGGCGCUUCUCAGAAACCAGAAGCCUCCAAUGAUCCCCGUAUUGACCAAAAGCAAAAAGAACGACAAGAAGCCCGAGCCUAAGCUCAGUCAAGAAGAAGUGCCAUCCACUGUUGCAAGCAAGCCAAAGAGCGAUAACGAGGAUGAUCCAUUUGCGCUGUUUAGUUCAGUGACUUUACACUAUGACGAAGGAGUCGGUGACGAUGCUUACAUUUUAGAGUCUGAAAACUCACUAUACACCAGUGUGGCAUACACCAUGACUAAUCAGGAUACGGGCACAAGGAAGCAAAAGGGAUUCUUAAGGAGAUAG